AUGGGAGAGGCGAUAGAGAAAUGGAGCGUGACGUACACCAAGCACAUCAAGCAGAAGCGUAAGGUCUACCAAGACGGCGUUCUGGAGCUUCAUCCUUCCAGAAACAAAGUGAUUCUCUAUGAUGAUUGUGAGACACCGUUGGAGAGUAGGUUCGUGAAGAAAGACGAUACCUUUGCACCCGGUCAAACUUUGGAGUUCGCCUCGUUUUUGGUUGAUAUUGGUGAGCUUUUUGGCGGUGGUGUUGAUAAGAAACCUGUAUCCAAGGUUUAUCAAUUCCAGAAGGACUCAUACAUUAACAGGAAACAUGAAGCAUUUCAUACCCCCAAAGCCAGUAAUGAUACCGAAAUAUGCUCUAAGUUGGGUCAGACGAAAGCGACACCGAUCAAUAUCAGCCCUUCACGGAAACUUAUAAGAGAGUAUAAGAAGAAUGAAAUGACUAAAUUUGGAUCUUCACCAGGGUGUCCUGAAACAACGAAAUCAAGCAAAAAAGAUGAGAUAAUCAAGUCUGGAGAUUCAAUACAGUUUGAAGGUUACUUGGUGGACAUUGGAGAACCAAAACAAGAUGAUAAAGCUCCUGUGGAACUCAAAUUUGAAGAAAAAGUUCACCAUGUGGUUGGUAAAAAACAAGGAUCAAGAGGCCAGUUGCACCCGAACACCCGAUUUCCUGCAGGAACAACUCAAAAAGAUGUUCCCUUGAAGAAUGCAAAGUCAAAUGUUACAAGCUCCAUCAGUCAGAUUAACAUAUGUGCUCCUGGGGCAAGCAAAAUGCUUGUACGUCCUGCCCACGAGAUCUUGUCCUUGUUCAGAAAAUCAAAGAGUCAAAAUGAUUCUUCAACAACUGAGAAUUUCUCCAAUGCUGAGUUGCACGCUCCGCAAUCUUCCAGUUUCUUUCAGAAGGAAAAUAUGCAAGAUGCCUAUGAUGCAGGAAGUAAACAUAUGGACACGGAUGAAGAGAAGGCUAGGAAACCGGAAACCCACGAAAUUUCAAAAUGUAAAGAUAUGGAGCAAGUACUUUCUGAUGAGAUCGCCGAGUCUGAUAAGACCGGAUUCAAACCUGCUUCUAGCUUCUUUGUCAAGAAAUGUGAAGAAGGUCCAGGUUUGGAACCUAAAAGUUUGGCAACCUUAGAGAAGGGUUUAAAAUCAAGAAAUGUUGCAGUUUUGCUAGAUCGGGCAAGCGAAUACCUGGAAUGUGGAAAUCGUGCUGGAUUAGUUUCAGGCAGAGAAAAGCCAACUGAAGGUGCACCUCCAGUGUUAGGCUUGGAAAUGCAUCAAUUUUCCAUGAAACAAGAACUUCAAAAUGCUUCCCAGCCUCGUGGAGCAAGCAAAGAAAUUGGUGGAAGAUGGCUGAAUGGAGAUCAAGUAAUUGCAGCUGCAACAAAUGGGGAAUCUGAUUCUCGAAUUAUUUCUAAGCAAAAUCUAGAGACAAAGAAAAGAGAUGAUGUUCCCAGUUUUGAUCUUGGAUUUUGA